GCUUGGGAACUGAUACGACAUCACAUCUUCCAGCGGACAAUACAUCAAAGGACCUGUUAGCUACACAGACUUGAUACCUCUGAUGGUACCAGCGUGGAAAGGUAAGAAUAUGAAAACUCAACCACCCUUGAGCAGGAUGAGCCGGGAAGAACUGGAGGACAGUUUGUUUCGUCUUCGUGAAGAGCACUUGUUGGUGAAGGAGCUUUCUUGGAAGCAACAGGAUGAGAUCAAAAGGAUGAGGACAGCCUUGCUCCGGUUGACCGCUGCGGGCCGGUACCCCAGGGCAGAGGUGGCGGCGGUGGAGCAGCUCUCGGAGCCCGCAAGGCAGAGUUGGAGCGCAGGGUGGCGGCAGCGACCCCACAAGCACCAGCGUCCCCUAACGCACGGGCUGCAGCUGCAGUUCCAGCGCGUCGGUCCCCCUGUCCCCCGCCGCCCCCAGCCUCGUGUCCCUGUGGGACACAGACAGCUUCACACUGCCGGUGCGCAGGUGCCGGAGAAACCCAAGACGGGUGAGGUUCAGGGCAAAGUCCCCACAGAGCUAAAAUACUGGGAAGGAGAGAUUGGCCAGCCGCAUUUUUCUGCUCACUGCUUUAUUCUGCUCACCACCCCAUUGUGUCCUUUUGUUCUCUUGUCCUCAUUCCUUUCUACCUCCUUAAAAUAUUUUUCUCCUGAGUGGAAUGGCAGGUCCAAUUCUUAGUUUACCUCGAAGUAUUGUUGAGGGAGAAUCAGACAAUUGAAACCGGAACUUUGCUGGUUAAGUUCUGCCCCGAGUCUGGAAAACAGAUACAAGAUAACAUUGAUGUCUCCCUCAGGUGUGAGAGGUAGUGAUCUUAAGACAGGUCCCUCUACUGGGACUCUGGGACUCUGGGACUUUGGACUAAGUGGUCAUGCCUCUAAAACUGGGAUUCUUAGCCUUUUAGGGGAAAUGGACUACAUUGAAACCAUGAUCAAAGCUAGAUCCCCUCCCAAGAAAAAUUCACGUACACAUAGACAAAACUUUGCAUGCAGUUCUGUGUUUUCAGAGAUUCCAAAAGCCCAUUCCUGAAGGCCAGGCCUAGAGGUCAGGCUGUAAGUGAGGUGUUGCAGUUUCUUCUCUUCCUGUAUUCCAAGUGGCUAAGAGUCUCUGGCUGCUAUGAAAUCCA